AUGCGAGUCUCGAGCUACUACCCCCUCAAGGCCUUCCCGCACCGCUAUGCUCAGAUGCUCGACUGCUAUCUCCAUGGCAUGCCGAUCUGCCAGUGUCCGACGAAAUGUGAUGGAUGUCAGCGCGAGCUCGAUCCCUCCGUUGCUGCACUGAUCAGCAAACGCCGAUCCUCCAAGCUUCCCACGGCGCAUGACAACCUUACUCGUACGAUUCGGUCGAUGCUGAACGAAGCUGGUCUUCUGCUGCUGGCUGCUUGUCUGCGCGGCUUCGCGCUUGGGCUGGCGAUGCCGCGUCUGGCUUCUCGCUGUGCGCUGUGUGCCAGGAGUAAAUCCAUCGUCGCUCCCAUCCUCAUGAAGGGCGAUAUCCACAUCCCUGGAAUCCGCGAUCGAGGGUCCGAGCAGUACGAGGGCUUGAUGGCGGACGUGACGUUGGUCCACCCUUACAUUGGUAGCUCUGCCGACCUGACCAAGGCUGAAUCUUUUGCUGAUCUUCUUGCUGAAGCACAAGAGAAGUUCCCUGAUGGUGCGUCGCCUGCCUUUGGAAGUGCUUCCGCGGCUCAUCUCACACAGCAAGCGCUUGCAGUACUGCAGGUGGAUUUGACUGACAUCCUCGACACCACUAGCCUGAUCCAGGCGAUCAAGCGCUACAGCUCCUUUGCGGGGACCGAUGACCAAGGGUGGAGGAUUCGGCAACACCUGUCACCCCUUUCUAGUCAUCCUGCAGCUUUGAAGCUCUACUGCAAACAUAUCCUCCAAGGGGUCCUUCUUGGCCAAAUGCCGGAUCUUCUUAUUCCUGCCCUGUCAGCCAUUCGUCGAGGAGGCAGAUUUAUUCCCCUCUCCAAGGGAGCUGAUAAACCUGGUCUCCGGCCAAUUGUCAUCGGUUCUGCACACCGUCGACUCGCGACGAAGCUUGCUUUGGCAGCGAUUCGCUCAUUUCUUGACCAGCACUUCCUCUCGUCUCACCCUCGAGCGAUUCAGUUCGGACUCGAUCGAGACGGCUGUCUGAAGUUCUCGCAAACCGCGUCAGCGCUCCUGCCCCUUCACGCUCGCGGUGAUGAUGAGGAUGUUGCCAACCCCACAGUGCUGGUGAGUUUGGAUGCAAAGAACGCCUUCAACUCCCUCGACCGCCAGGCUCUCUUCGAUGCAAUCGAGGGACGUGCGAGUCGCGACUACUUUGAUGGGAGCAUCACUGAAGGCGCUCGCUUGCCCUCUUGCGAGCAUCUCCGUUUGUUCGCCUCCUACCUCUCCAGCUACUAUGGAGACUCUGCUGACCUUCGACUCUUUCACAAAAGUCAGUCAGCCUCCGUUCAGUGUACCUCGGGCGUCUGUCAGGGCAAUGUCCCCUCCAGCGUAUUUUUCUGCCACAGUAUCCACCCCCUGCUCCUCCAUAUCGCAGAGCUUUUUCCCGCUGACAACGUCGUGCUUGUCGGCCCGGGUCCACUCGAGGAUGCCGUUGCCGCUACGUCCGCUAUGAAGAAGUACAUGUUGGCUGAUCUGAAGCUAGAGAUUCAACCUCGCGAGUCGAAAGUUUACAUCCCCUCCUGGCACCAACACCCUGAUCUCUCGCAGCUGAAGAAGAGCCUUAAGCGCCGUCUCAAGACUCAACUUCUUCACUUCGAGGUCGUCACUGGCGGGAUUACACUUGGCGGCCUGCCUAUCGGCACGGAUGGAUUUCAUGCUAGUCAGCUCCGAGCGAAGGUUUCUACCCUCAACGAAGAGCUCUCGAAGCUCGGGCUCGUCCAGCAUGGCUUCAUGUUCAAGACGCUGGUGAGGGCGAGCCAUCUCCAGAAGCUGCGCUUCUUCCUCCAGGGGUCUUCUCCGUUUCUCCCGCGGGUCCAAUCACACACGGGCUGGAUUCGUCGCUUUGACCUCUCUGUCCACCUGGCGCUAGAGAAAUACCACCGCUGGCCUUCCUCGCAGUACCUCGCCGCGCAUCCCGACCUGCUAGAGUUUGCGAGGUUCAAGCGGGAGCUUCCGCAUAGUCGGGGAGGGGACGAGUUCACGCCCUCUGAGGGUCUACACCCCGCUGUUUACUAUACGGCUAUCGCUCGCUUCCUCGCUUGGUACAGGCUCUGA